AUGCGGAGCGGAACGGUUCCCACCCUCAAAGGCAGGGCAACAUCACGUCGCUCUCUUGCCCAGGUUGCAUCCGCUGCCGUUGCCGAGACGCAUGUCGCUAAUAGCGUGGGUGUCCAACUGCCCAUAGCUGUUCAGGUACCAGAGCGUGAGGAGUUUUGGCGCAAGAUCCCGCUCUGGCAGGAUGCCUCCGCCAAUGACUUCCUAUCCUACCGCUGGAGUGUCGCCAAUACGGUCCAAGGCAGUGCUAAGCUCCUCAAAUUCUUGAGUGCAGUACUUCCUAGCGAGGUACCUUACGACGAGACCGCGACCACCAUGCAGACACGCGACGAUCUUAUCAAGGAUGUCUUCGACGGAAUUUCUUCGGCAACCAUGGCAAUCAGAAUGACACCAUACAUUCUGAGCAGAGUGGAUUGGCAAAAUCCGCGGAACGAUCCCAUCUUCCGACAGUUCCUUCCCCUGAAGUCAAUGAUGCUACCCGAUCACCCGAAGCUUACACUAGACUCCCUACAUGAGGAAGCCGACUCUCCCGUGAGCGGCCUUGUGCAUCGGUAUCCCGACAAGGCACUUUUUCUGCCUACAUCGGUCUGCCCCACUUACUGCAUGUUCUGCACGCGUUCAUAUGCUGUAGGAGCUGACACGGAAUCGGUAACCAAGUCGUCGUUGAAACCAACACGUAAGAGAUGGGAGCAGGUCUUUGAAUACAUCGAGAGCCAACCCGGUCUCCAUGAUAUUGUGGUAUCUGGUGGCGAUAGCUACUACUUGCAGCCAGAGCAUCUUUCAUUGAUUGGUGAGAGGCUCAUCAGUAUGCCCAACAUACGUCGCUUCCGCUUUGCGUCCAAGGGGCUUGCCGUGGCGCCAAUGCGUGUCCUCGAUGGGUCCGAUGGAUGGGUCAACGCCCUCAUCGAUGUCUCCAACAAAGCAAAGAAGGCGGGUAAAGCCGUGGCGCUCCACACCCACUUCAAUCACCCGAACGAGAUCUCAUGGAUUACCCAAGAUGCCUGCCAGAAGCUUCUCGAGGCUGGGGUCAUGGUUCGCAACCAAACAGUGCUUCUUCGCGGAAUCAAUGAUGAUGUGGCCACUAUGUCAGCCCUGAUUCAGAAGCUCGCAGACAACAACAUAUUCCCGUACUACGUCUACAUGUGCGAUAUGGUGAAGAAGGUUGAGCAUCUCCGCACUCCUCUGCAGACCAUUUUAGAUCUAGAAGCGCAGAUCCGCGGCUCGAUUGCCGGAUUCAUGAUGCCGCAUUUUGUUGUGGACCUGCCUGGCGGCGGCGGGAAACGCCUUGCAUGCUCCCACCGGUCUUAUGAUCGAGAGACGGGAAUUUCUACUUUCACCGCCCCCGCGGUAACAGGAAGAGCCAAGGAGAACAAGGUUUACGAGUAUUAUGACCCUGUCAACUCCUUGUUUUCAUGA